AUGGGAGACGACAAUCAAACUUUUGUGGCUGAAUUUAUCUUCCUGGGUCUUUCACAGGACUUGCAGACCCAAAUCCUGCUAUUUAUCCUUUUCCUCAUCGUUUAUUUGUUGACUGUGCUUGGAAACCUGCUCAUUAUCAUUCUCAUCCAUAUGGAUUCUCGACUUCACACCCCCAUGUACUUUUUUCUUAGAAACCUCUCUUUUGCAGAUCUAUGUUUCUCUACUAGUAUCGUACCUCAAAUGUUGAUCCACCUCCUGGCAAAGAAAAAGACCAUUUCUUUUUUUGGGUGUAUGACACAGGUAAUUGUCUUCCUUCUGGUUGGGUGUACGGAGUGUGCACUGCUGGCAGUGAUGUCCUAUGACCGGUAUGUAGCUGUCUGCAAGCCCCUGCAUUACUCCACCAUCAUGACCCAGCAAGUGUGUCUCCAGUUGGCCCUUGGGUCUUGGGCUAGUGGGGCUCUAGUGUCUCUGGUAGACACCACUUUUACUUUUCGUCUUCCCUAUUUGGAACAGAAUAUAAUCAAUCACUAUUUUUGUGAACCUCCUGCACUUUUGAAGCUAGCUUCUGCAGAGACUUACAGUACAGAACUGGCUAUCUUUGCAAUGGGUGUGGUAAUCCUUCUAGCUCCUGUCUCCCUCAUCCUUGUCUCUUACUGGAAUAUUAUCUCCACUGUGCUCCAGAUGCAGUCUGGAGAGGGAAGACUCAAGGCUUUCUCUACAUGUGGCUCCCACCUCAUUGUUGUUGUCCUUUUCUAUGGGUCAGGAAUAUUUACCUACAUGCGGCCAAACUCCAAGACCACAAAAGAGCGGGAUAAGAUGAUAUCUGUAUUCUAUACAGUGGUAACUCCAAUGCUGAAUCCCAUAAUUUAUAGCCUGAGGAACAAGGAUGUCAAAGGGGCUCUCAGAAAACUCACUGGAAGGAAGCCCUUUUCCCAGAGGUGA